AACAAAUCCAACAAUUUUUACAAGUCAAAAGAAGUGAUUCCAAUCUAUAUUGAGGAUUGUGAUCAAAUGCCAAGUAAAGUACUACCAAAAGUCAAUGGAGAUAAAACUAAAAUUUUUACCAAUAAAUCAAUGGAGAUGACAGAGCCUAUUAUGAACUGUAAUGAAAAUGAAAAUAGAAAACAGAAUACCAAUGUUCUUCCGAAUGAGUCCAUGAAAAAUUCUGAAGCUAUUUCUGCCCUCAAUACAGAUUGUAUUCAAUCUCGCCCUCUUGUGGAAAGAACUCCGAACAAUACUUUGCAUGCGGAGAAAUCAAUGAACACGACAGGAACGAUCCCAAUAUUUUAUAAGUUUCAUCAUUCAAACCACGGAAAAUUCGCUAAUAAACUUGACGAAAACCAGACUAACAUUUAUGGAAAUGAGCCUAUGGAGAUGACUGAAGCCGUAGCAUUUUAUAAUCCAAUUAAAGAUCAAGCCAAUAUCACAGGAAAGUUGGUACAAACUCAUUUACUUGAAAAGACAAACGCACUUGCUGAUGCAUCCAUGGAAAUGACGGAAUCAGUACCUGUUCCCAAGAUUUACCAAUCCAAACCAAGGGUCACCAGAAUAGAAGUGCUAGAAAAGACUAAAGUGUUUGCUGAUACAUCGAUGGAUAUGACGAUGACAGUUCCGGUAUCUAGUGCACAUCAAUACCCCGAAAGAGUACCAAUUAAUAAAACCAAAGUUCAAUUAUCAGCAGAGCAAGUUCCUGUUUACAAUACAAAUUAUGAAUGCAGCAGCCAGAAAAUCGACGAGCCAUUAGCAUCUAUUAUAAGCAAAGAUUCUCCAAGUCCUAAAGAUUUGUAUCAGGAGAAAACACAGUGUUUUAAUGACAAGUCUAUGAAUAUUACAGAAACUAUUCCUGUACCGCAAAACAUUCUUUUAAACUUGCAACAUCGACAAAUGUUGGCUGAUGAUGGAGCAGAGAAAACAAAAAUAUUCGCUGACGAUUCAGUCAAUAUCACAGAGACAGCUCCAAUUGAACAAAACGUUUCAGUGAUAAAACAUUCAAAAGUUCCUUUAGUUAGUGAUAAAACUAGAUUUUUCAACAACAAAUCGAUGGAGAUCACGGAAGCUCUUCCUGUGCUUUUGGACGUACGAGAAUCCGACAAGUCGAUAAAUCCUACUGAAGAAAAAACAAAAAUCUUUUCAAACAAAUCUAUGGAUUUGACGGAAACUUUUGCUGUUUUAAACAGCUAUAGAUCUACCGAGGACGGAGGACCUCACUUUGCUAGUCGCAAUCAAAUGAGUCCAAUUUACAAAGUGUCAACCAUUCCAAAAAGUGAUUCUAAUGUGCAUUACUUUACGUCUGGUAAAAAUAUUUCCAGUAAUCAAUCCUUUUACAAUAACAUAAAAUCACCCAAUAAUGACUCUAUGGAAAUGACAGGAGAAUUAAGCGCAUCACAGGCUAAAAAAACAUAUAACUGCGAGAGUGAAAAAAUAGCCAACCAGGAAACUAGAAAAACUGGCAACUUGUUAAAAAACGUGCCUGGUAAUCUGAGCUCUUCUUGCAGCAGGCCCAACAAUGUGCAAAACGAAUUGGAUAUUUCAAGAAAAUCUAGAGCAGGUGUCACUGACGUUAGUGCGAAAUUCAUGAUCUAUGAGGAACCAGAUGGCCUGGCUAAAAUCUUUGACAAUGCAUCGAUGAAUCUUUCCGCGCUGCCUCCAACUGCAACCAGUGCAACCAAUCGGUCGAGAAAAACUAAUGUUUCUCAUAAUCAAAGUAUUUUGUCGACUAGAAUGGAUGCCACUCAGAAUCCCAUGAACGUGUCGAGUUACUUCAACAGCAGCAUCGGCAACGAUCAUCUGGACAGGAUAACUUCGGAUGAAUUGAACAGCUUGUGCGCGUCGAUGAAUCUGCCGAUUCAAAAGUACUCCAGAGAGAACACCGCGAUGAAAAAUUCCUCGAUUCCGUGCAAUGAUUUCAAUGCUUUGCGAGACUCGUUGAGGAAUGGUACACUUUUUCAGCAACUAAACAUUCUUCCUAUGCAAAGUACAAGUGCGGAGAUUGCUUCUGCAAGGAAUUAUGAAAUCAUAGACAGCAAGGAUAAUUCAAAAACAGAUUUCGAGAUGGAAUCUUGCAGAGAUGCAUCGAAAAAUAUGUCCAUGAGCACAAACGUGUUGGGAGCGCAUGGUGGUUUUGUGAACAAGUCAACGACCGGUCAGAAUAACUUUUAUGUCUUUGAAACGGAUAUGCUAUCGAAAUCGAUCACCACUCCGUUGAUCCCAAUGGAGACAACGUCUGAGAUAAAUUUCAAGAGAGUUCCGCUGGCGGAAAUGGACGUGGACGAUACCACGCACCUCGGUUUGAAAAAUAUGACGCUACCCCGAUUGUCUUCGAUUCCCAUGGAUACAGAUAAAACUGCUGAAAUCAGCUUGAAAAACGUGCCAUCAGCCGAACCCUCUGGCUCUCACCAAGUUUUUCCUGCACCUUCAACGUUACCGGAUAGAAUAGUAUCGAUUCCCGAAGUUGACAAAUCACACUCCAGGAUGGACGUAUCAAUGAUCCAAGAGUAUCCUCCAAAAACAGCUGCCAUUGUGGUGCACAACAGCAUCAAAGUCACCGACCAGUCGGCACAGAGCUCCUGCACUGUAAAAGAGACUUUGGCGAGUGGGGACGCCCAAAGUAUUCAAGCUCACUGCAAGUACAAGGUGAAUGCAAAUCCGGGAAGGAUUGAGAUUUAUCACGACGUCUCGAUGGAAAUCGGUGGAGCUUCUACGAGUAAAGCGUAUGCCAAAAGAAAAUCGGACGAGACCUGUGAGCCAGCCGCCAAAAGAAAUCCAGCCUCGCAGGCAGUCUGUACUUACAUGCCAGCCAGUGAAAGUUCGAGCAAAUCUAAAAAUCCGGAUGAUAACAGUCUGAGCAAGAUGCCAUCGGACAGUACCGAGGUGUUGCUGGCUACCAUGGGCUUUAAAACGGAGUUGGCGUAUCCAUUGAUCAUCAACGAGAAGACGACGAUCAAAGUCUCGCAGAAGCCUCCGAUCGACAAGACUUUUGUCGUGACUGGGGAUCCGAGUGAGGAAAAUCAAGGUGAAACUGCUGAACAUAGCUCAGCCGAGCCGAAUAGAACGUUCGCUGCAGUUGAGAGUGACGGGAUUCAAACCGAAGUGACCAGAACGGACGCGACUGGUACAGAAAAUGUCGAGAGUCAAGCUGAGCAGGAAGUUGUCGAUAGAGCACAAGCCAUCGAAAAUGGAGUGCCACAUGUAGGAAUUCCCAUUGUCAAAAGUCCUGGAGGCAGAGGUCCGGUCAAUAUCGAGGAGGACGACGAGAAUGAGCUUGACGAGGACAAAGAGAACAAAGAGCCAAGCGUGAAAAUCAAUCUAUUUGUCGAAAAGUAUUCUGAGCUUGAAAACAUCGAGCCCCCGUCGUUCUUGGCUUCCGAGAGUUUUCAAGAAGAGGACGAUUUGAGCGAUAUCACUAAACUACCUGACGAUGACGGUGAUGAAGGUGAUGUUGGUGAUGGGGAUCGGCCCAACUCGUCCAUGAGAAUAUUGGAGGAUGACAAUGUGAUUGUGCCAUUUGCUGAGCUGGAAAACAGCAGGAAACUUAUUGCCAGUAACUUGUCACCUAAACCAGUACCACAGAAAUUUCAGCAAAAGUUGGAUUCAAAUCAUUUUUCUGAAAAUAUCAUGAGGAUUAGAAAAAGACGGCAAGAGUUGUUGGAAGAGUUGAAGAGAUUAUCAAAAAGUGAUGCAGAUGUAAAAACGUCCAAGAAAAAGGCAAAUUUCUUGGAAGCGUUGUCUGUAACCCAAGAUAAGGUUGACGGAGUACAAGUAAUAAAUGAAAAUGUGAUAAAAGAAACACUGUCACCUUUUGAACAGUUGACAGAAGAUUUAAAGUCAUUUGAAAAAAGGGAUGAUUGCAUUUGGUCUGUGCGUAAAAUAGAUACGAAACUCAUUGCCAUUGAUUUUAUAUCAAAGUCUCUUGUUAUUGUUAUAAAAUUAACAGAAGCUAAAAGAUCUGACUCUACAAAGGAUAUUGAAAAAAUUGAAGUCAUAUCCCGAGUUUCCGUGGAGUCGAAAAAUGUACUAAUGAAGAUUGUUCACAAUAUUUUGCUGUCUAAAUUGAAUCCUAGUGAUAUGCUGGACAAGUACAAAGUAUUUGAAGACGUUUUGCUAUUAUUAGAAUUUGUUUCAAGCGAAGUUAUUUUCGCAAUGAAAUUCAUGUUUGAUCUCGAAAAGCUAAAUGCUUUAAAUCUAUUAGAUAUAGAUGAAAGAAGGGUUAUUUUUAUGGCUUCAUCUAGAAAAGCAAAUAUUAUUUUAAAAUUAUCCGUUGCUCUUAAGUCAUUUAGUGACAUUGGUCCAGACGAUAUUGAUGUUAUAUGUAUUUUGGGUGAUGUAAGAAUAAACGAUGUCAAGCAGUUAGUUGUAAAUAUAAGAAGAGAUUACAAAUUUUUAAGUAGAUAUAUAAAGGACGUAAAAGAUUAUAUCACACUAAUGGAAGAAUCAACAAGUUUUCAUAAGUUGUAAACCAUGUCAAAAGAAAUUAUAUAUGCUAUU